AAUCUUCUUUUUGUUUGUUUCUGACAAAUUUCAAUUUUUUUUACAGAAAAAACGCAUAUUUAAUAGUAUUGGCAAAAAAUGAAAAACUAUCAUUUUCUUCUGGUUGUUGUAAUAUUCAUUGUAAUAUCCGAAAUAAAAAGUGAAACGCAUCGGAAACAAUUUGUUUAUCAUUAUGAUACGGAAAAAUUGAUUCGAAAUCUAUUCAAACUUGUACCGAAAAUCGAUGGAUAUUCCUAUAAUACUGAAAGAUUAUCAAAACUAACGUUUUCAUUACUACAUCGACAGCCAAGAUUGGCGAGCACUUGGAAUUUUCAUGCCACAAAAAAUCUUGAUACAAACUAUGCCGAUGAAAUUACAUCAUCAUUGAUAAAAAGUAUAGAUCAAAUCAUACAGAAAGCCAAAGAUGAGAUUGAUCAUUUACAAUCAAUCGGUAAUAAAAAUGGAUUCAUUAGACAAAUGAAUAAAUUUCUUGAACAUGUAAGCAAUGUACGACAACAAAUUAUCGAUUUUGGUUGCGAUGAUGAUCAACUUUCAACUUCAAAAAAUUGUUUAUAUUAUCAUGACAUUGUGAUUGCAUUAAAUGUUGAAUUGAAUGAAAAAAUAAAACAUUUUGGUUGAACCAUGAAAAAAA